UAAUUGUGAAUGACAGCGUUUCCCGUGCGAUAUGAUAGCGCAAGGCCAGUAGUUUGUCCGAUAACGUCUGUGGGGAGACUUCUAAGGACGGGUGAAUCGAGAACAAUGCUCACAUACUGCCGGAGCUACAGGCAGUCAUUACACAACGCAUUGCACCUGCAGGUAACUCCAGCAAUUCUCCACCAGAUGCUUAACAAUAUGGACCGUCGUGUGCGGGCAUGUGUUCAACCUGGCGGAGGACAUUUUCAGCAUAUCGUGUAGUCAUGCCUACACUGCCGCUGUCGAAAUCGCUUUUCGAACGGAACCUCUGGUAAAGUCAAACAGGAGCAGAUAACUUACAAGGAAACGACGGACGUGGCGGUUUCCCUAGACAACGUACAUUUACAUCAGCACGCCUUUCAGGCAAUAUUGCCUGUUUUCGCACGUUUGCGGCAAUUGAAAACAACGUGAAGAUGAUCCAAGCGGAAGAAGACACAUUGGCCGCGCGCGGUUCUGUUUAACGCUCGGAACUCACGGCGGGUCCCCCAGAGUGCGUUGUGCCAGGACACUGCGCAACAACAACAAGAGCGGAAAUAUGAGCCAGUGUGCGGACAGAACAGCAGGAACAAGUCUGUCACCACACUGCCAACGGCGCACUCCCAAAAGACAGACGUCAACAAUGGAGCCGCUGUCGGAUCAGAGUGUCCAGAGCUACCUCCAGCACCUGGGUGCUUCCGAGUGCUCCGAGCCCACCUUGGACUAUCUCGAUCGACUGAUCAGGGCACACCUGGAGCGGGUCACCUUUGAAAACCUGGACGUGCUGCUGGAACGACGCAUCAGCCUCGACGCUGAGGUCAUACUCGGCAAGGUGACGGGGAGCGGCCGUGGAGGCUACUGCUACGAGCUCAACUCUCUCUUCGCCUGCUUGCUGCUCGCGCUCGGCUACGGCGUGCGCCUGCGAGCGGCCCGUUUGCGUAUCACGACACCCGACGACUCGCCCGUGCGCACGCGCCUCUCCCACAUGUUGCUGCUGGUCGAGCCGACCGACGGUCAGCGCUACAUCGUGGACGUCGGCAUGGUGCAGUGCGGUCUGCACCGGGCACUGCCCCUGGAAGGCGACGCGACUCCGUUCCGUGUGCGCAGCUUGGCCGAGACGGAGGCCCUCGAGGUCGCACUGCCCACGAGCGACGGCGGCUGGAAGGCCGUCUACGUCGUCGAGCCGUACGACCUCGACUGGCUCGACUUCGGCACGUUCAACUUGGUACUCGUCGACCCACCCGGACAGCUCGAUGCGGCGCCUCCUCUUGGUGGGACGCCGAUCGUCCGGGGACGACGGCUGUUGGCUGCGGCUCGUGAAUGACCAGUUCGUACGCUGGUCGCCGACGCGGGGAGUCGUCGAGAAGCGGCUGAUGCGGGACGAGAACGACAUCCUCGAGAUUCUGCGAGACGAGUUCGGGCUGAACCUGAACGCGGCUGACGACGAGGCGCCGCUUCGUGUUCGCUUGCGAGGCCUGCUGGAGAACUUGAGGCUUGGUCAGAACCUCUUUCUGAAAAAACUGAUGUGGCCGGAAGGAUAACAGUAACAGUUCUUGUCGCAGUGACUAAAAUUAUUUUCAAUGUGUAACAGAAAAAAAAGAAAGCUUGAAGAACCAACUUGUUUGUUGAAAGAUCUUUCAACAUAAAGACGUUGCACUGUUACACA